AGAAUUUUCCCCGCUGCUGUGCACAAACAUUACAAUCAAUUUUUUUUUCAAAAAUGGCUUGUUGUGAACUCAGUUUGACCACGGGACAGUGUGUGCGUGUGGCGCCUCAGACACUCCAUCACGAGCCUCAACAAGCAGCCUCUAGACAUGGAUGAAAAUAUAUGAGAGACACAGCCCCCCGUAGUCAUGUAUUCAAAGUAGCAGAGUUUGUUUUUAGACAUCUUCUAGUUUUUUGUUUUAUCAUUUCAUUCUACUAAAGGACAUUUCCUGGUGUGGUGGACUUGUAGGCUUCUCCAUACGUCGUCCUUCGUAAUCAAGAUUUAGAAUCGCAAUUCGUCUGAUAAAGAUCUUCUUUUAAGUGAGUUGUAACCACUUCGACAAGAACUGAGACCAAGAAAUAACUGUAUAAAUAUCUCGUAGUAACACAUUUCAGCAGGGACUUUUGGUUAAUUUCCUAUACUAACAACCCAAUCGAUCUAGGAGCCAGACAUCCGAGUUGGCCCUUUAGUUUCUUAAUCAUUCUCUUCAUCCCGACCAAAACAAUCAGACGUGUGUGUGUGUGAUCUCCGUCAUGUCAGUGGUGCCAUGCUAAAAUUUGUGACGACAAAACCACCCCGAGGUCGAUCGCCCAGUGGCUCCGGAACCCCUGACCGUGACGUCAUCCACCGUAUGUCCCGCGAGACCUCGCCGUCGGCCACGUCACUGAGGACCCACUACUCGCCGCGAAUCGUCCGAAAGCACCAUUCAUUCUCUCAUCCGCACCAGUACCCCGACGGCAGAGCUUCGUCCUCGGCGCCUUCAUACCGCACCAGCCCCAACCCUUCGCGGGGCGGCGCCUGGGGUCAAGGCCAGACCGUGCGUCGGCCAGGAGAUCAGGCCAGGACGUACCAAGCACCUCCCGAAUUCAGAUCUUCCGGUUUAUCCGAGCAAGACUUCUGCCGCCAACAGUCAUAUCUUUUACAACCUCAGGAACGUCCCCUCCAACAACAGCAGCAGUUACGGCAACAGCUACAACCGGGUAGUUUUGCCGGCACCAAGUACGCCUACCAGCAGGCGGCUGCGAGCGAUUCAGGUAGUCCUUACGCUACUCUGUAUUUCCGGGACUCCAGCUCUGACGUCAUCAGCCCGACCUCCAAAGAAAACAAAUUCCCCCUUGAACUUGAAGGUCUUUACUCCACCACCAAGAGCUCC